AAACUGGUUAAUGGCUCAGAUGAAGUUGAGAAAUGUGGGAAGUUUUUUAAUGCAGUGAGUUUGGAAUGAGAUGUUGUUGCUUUUCUGAGCAGUUGGCUCAGAAUGUAUGUAUGGGUCGAAGAAUGGUGGAAGAAUGUAUGUAUGGGUCGAUUGAAUCUCCUUACUUUGUUCUCAGUCAGUUAUUAGUGCGGUAGAAGAGAAUUUACGCGUUGAUCGUUGCUUGACAAAAUGAUGUGUUAUACCACCUGUUGUCUGGGUCAGCAGAUCACGACAGCAACAAGUUCCGGGAAAAAACAUGACCUCUAUUUUCGACGGCAAAAUGGCGACUUUUUAGCAUUCGGUGACAGUAGACGGUGAAAUCAUCAUUUAUCGCCUUGAAAAUCUAAAAACGCUUUCAAGGGGAAAGAAUUUUGCUGUGCCUCCAGAGCGAUGAUUGUUCACAUUGUUAAGACGUUUUUUAUGCUUAUGAGUUUAGCUGGUGGUUCUAUUUUCCUAGGCGCUGAUUCUGUUAAGAGGGAUCAUUUACAAGAUCACUUGCGAGUGCGAAGAGGAUUUCGCUCAUACUUUUACAACUAUUUGGACGAAAUUGCUAUGGCAACGUGUGCAGCCAUUCCCAGUAACGGACCAGGCCUAAUAUACGCAGUCAGACGGACCUGUGGGGAGAAAUAUGACUGCAAGCACAUCUGUACAGACAAAAAGUUACGACAACAAGGACCAAAGGAAGUUCAUAACCUAACCUGGGAUUGUACUGAGUCUUUGCACGUCUACAAAAGACAACCUGCCUUAGCGGACAAUUAUGAUGAAUAUACAGAUUCUCACAAACUAGGAUUGGCUGUGUUUCGCCAUCACUCUUGCACUGUGGCUGAUUGUGGUCCAAACUACUGCUGCUGUAGAGCUGUUGCAUUAUGAUCGUGCUCUGACCUCAUAACAACCCCACCCCAAGACUCAGGACCCAACUGCUGCUGUAGAGCUGUUGCAUUAUGAUUGUGCCCUGACCUCAUUACAACCUCAACCCAAGACUCAGGACCCAUUUAUCUCACAAAAAUUACGUAAGCAUCACGUGUAGUGGUAAUAUAUCAACAACUUGAGAGAUAUGGAACCAGUUCAUCAAUAGCUUCACGAAGUCAGGAGACAGUCCAUAAUUUAAGCCAAGAGGUGCAAGAUCAAAUUAAGAUCUCACAUUGCCACAGGUCAAUUGCCCAGCUAAGAAGACAAUGUAUCAUUGACAUGUACAGACGCACCCUAGUGAGCGCGUUGGGUUCGAGAAUCAUCUUCACGCCUUAUAAUUUAGACGAAUAUUAUUAGAAUUUGGAACGAUCAUUUACUGAACUGCUUCACUAAACCCUUAACAUAUUGUUUGGAAUAGAAUGGAAAGGAAGUAAACAGACAGUAAAUCAAAUUUCAAAACAUAAUUCGACAAUAAGGCCACACCGUGAUAAAAGUACUCGCUAUCCACCACACUUGAUGACCUCUAGUACUUUUUGCUGUGUUUUUGACAUCACAGUAAUACUGUAAAAAGGUUAUCCCACUGAAGAUGUAGAGUCAAUCUGCAUCUUUAUUUUUUCCGCGGAGUCACUGCAAAACUUCCAGCGCAAAUUUUCAAGCACAAAGAAUGUCCUCACUCCCUUUGCACCCGAAAGUUAAAAUCUAUAGAGCACUGAGUUUAGAGUUCCCUUCCUGAAACACACCACGUCGAUUACUUUAGACCCUAUACUUCCCUUUG